AUUUACUCAAAAUUCAUAUAAUAAUUCUCUUAUUCUAAAAAAAAAAAAACUCCCUUUUAUGUUUAUUUUAUAUAAAAUAGCACUGUCUCAGAUUUCUCGUUCUCUUUUCUCUGGAAAAACAUUUCCCACCAUGUGAUUUCCUUGAUUCGAUUCUGUUCUCCUCAUCCAUGUUGACAAUUGCUCUCCGCCUCUCCCCGAUUCCUCUUUUCCUUUCCUUCCCUUCCCAUUUCCUAUUUUCCUUAGUGAGUUGUUUCCAUCUUUCUCCUUUGUUUAAUUUGAAGAUCUACUGUUAGAUUUUCUUGUCCCUGAAAUCCAUUCCAUUUUCCCGGAAAAUCUUCUUUCUUUGCUGUUGUUUUCCCUUUUCUUCACCGAAUUCCCAAUUUGGUUUUACUUUCUACGUAAUUACUUUGUGAAAGUCGUCUCCAUUGGGUUUUCUUUAUUCCUUUUCGGAAUUUCAAGUUCAUAUAUUUCCUAAAAUGGAAAAGGAUAAAUCUCCAUGUUUACCGCCAAUGUCAGGUCGAGUUCCGGGGUUUUCAUCUUCCGGAAAUGCUGCAAACACUUCAAAUACGAUAUCUGAAACGGGAAAUUUGGGUCAAACUUCGGAUUCGAAUCGUUUUAGUCACGAUAUAAGCAAAAUGCCUGAUAAUCCACCGAAGAAUUUAGGUCACCGCCGUGCCCAUUCCGAAAUCAUAACUCUUCCUGAUGAUAUUAACUUCGAUGGUGAUCUCGGCGUCGUUGGGGCAGCGGACGGGCCUUCCUAUUCCGAUGAAACGGAGGACGAUAUGUUGUCUAUGUAUCUGGAUAUCGAUAAGUUCAAUUCUUCUUCCGUCACCUCAAUGUUUCAGGUUGGCAAGUCGUCGGCAAUGACUGCUCCAAAUUCUGGUCCAUCGGCUGCGGUGAGUAUGGGAGCAGGGACGGCAACGUCCGGUGAGGAAAAUGCGAGUGCUGGUGUUGGGUCUUCUGAGAAGCCUAGAAUUAGGCACCAACAUAGCCAGUCGAUGGAUGGGUCGACAAGUAUUAAGCCCGAAAUGCUCCUCUCUGGUUCGGAUGAGGUUACGCCUGCUGAUUCUAAGAAAGCAAUGUCCGCUGCUAAGCUUGCUGAGCUUGCUCUUAUUGAUCCCAAGCGUGCUAAGAGGAUCUGGGCGAAUAGGCAGUCUGCUGCGAGGUCAAAGGAAAGAAAGAUGCGGUAUAUAGCUGAGCUUGAACGGAAAAUACAGACAUUGCAAACAGAAGCAACGUCGCUCGCUGCUCAGCUGACUCUACUACAGAAAGACUCCAGUGGUAUGAGUGCUGAAAAUAGUGAGUUGAAACUGCGGUUACAAACAAUGGAGCAACAGGUUUACUUGCAAGAUUCAUUGAAUGAUGCACUGAAAGAAGAAAUCCAGCAUCUGAAGGUGCUGACUGCCCAACCUAUGCCAAAUGGUGGACCAAUGAUGAACUUUGCAUCUUUUGGAGCUAGUCAGCAAUACAUCCCAAAUAAUCAUGCUAUGCAGGCUCUUCUAACGGCCCAGCAGUUCCAGCAACUACAGAUUCAGUUGCAAAAGCAUCAGCAUCAGUUCCCACCGCAUCAACUGCAUCAACUUCAGCAGCAACUUCAGCUGCAACAAGAGCACCAACAGCAAUCAGGGGAGAUGAGAGUUAGAGGAUCCAUGCCUUCCCCCAACCGAAGAGAUGGUCCAUCUUCAUCAGAUGUCAGCUCAACGGCAUCAAAUGAUUGAGGAGUUAAUGGUCCGUAGGGCCAGGUAUUCAUGGCUCUUCACAAUUGGUUCCAAGUUUUGGUUAACAGUCCAUUGUUAGAUAGGACAUUUCUUCUUUCACACCUCUUUUAUCUCUCUAGGCAUUUCUAUAUAACAUUUAUUUCUAGGUAUAUAUAAUCAUCCAGUAUAUCUUUUUCUGGAAUUAUCCGAUUUUGAUCUGUUACAUUUGCUUUCAUCGCUAGUUUGAAGGGCCGAGCUGCUGUUGAGGCGUUAGAUAGGGAUGAACUUGUCGUGCGAGCUUUAUUCGCUUAUGAUGCUUACAAAGUUCCUAUAUGAAUUUUGCAGGGCACAAUGCUUUUGUUUAUGUCUAGUUUUUAUGACUAUUGUAGUAUUGUUUAAGCUUGUCUUGUAAGUGUUUGGCAACAUUGUUUAGUUGCCCAUCUGCCUUACCGGAGUAAAGAAAACGGGCUAGUUUGAACUUUGAACAAA